CUCCCACAAACCAGCUCUCUUUCUUCUUCUUUCUUCUUCUUCUUCUUACUCUCAGCGAUGGCAGCUCUAGCUCGAAUCUCGAGGAAAGCCCUAACCUCCUGCACGGCCUCGGCGCAGCAGAGCCUUCUCCAGCGCGCGAUUUGGGCGGAGGCUGCAAAGUCCAUAAGGCCGUCGGAGGCGGCGAAGUCCAUAAAGCCGUCGGAGGAUCGGGUGAAAUGGGACUACCGAGGUCAGAGGAAGAUCAUUCCGCUGGGGCAGUGGCUUCCGAAGGUCGCCGUCGACGCCUACGUCGCUCCGAACGUCGUCUUGGCCGGCCAGGUUACCGUCUGCGACGGCUCCUCCGUCUGGGCCGGCUCGGUCCUCCGCGGCGAUCUCAACAAGAUCACUGUCGGAUUCUGCUCCAACGUUCAGGAGCGAUGCGUCAUUCACGCCGCUUGGUCUUCGCCGACAGGUCUGCCUGCGGAGACAUCCAUUGAGAGGUUUGUAACAAUUGGUGCAUACUGUCUUUUGAGGUCCUGCACAAUUGAGCCUGAGUGCAUUAUCGGACAGCAUUCCAUUCUCAUGGAAGGUUCGUUGGUAGAGACCCACUCGAUCCUGGAGGCAGGAUCUGUGGUUCCGCCAGGGAGGCGAAUUCCUACUGGUGAACUUUGGGCUGGAAAUCCGGCACGGUUUGUCCGAGCCCUUUCCCAUGAAGAAACCUUGGAGAUCCCGAAACUUGCUGUCGCGAUAAAUGAUCUGAGCAAAGAACAUUUCUCAGAGUUCCUCCCGUACUCCACAGUAUAUUUGGAGGUUGAAAAGUUCAAAAAGUCCUUGGGGAUCUCAAUCUGAUAACGUUAUUUUCAUGUUUACAUUUUCUUUGGUUGGAGGUGUUCCAUGUAAGGAAAUAAGCAGCGCUGAGACACAAAGCAUGCCUUUUGAGUUCUCUACCUUGUAUUCUGAUUUUUCAGGACACUGAAAAGAAUUGUUUUGAAAGGUUUUUUGUAAUUUAUAGGCACCUGUUUAGGAAAUUGCGACUCAUGGGUUAUAUGUUAACCUUCUUUUUGGUUGGAAGUUUUAUAUGUUAUUAUUAUACCGAGGGUUAUUCCUUUCCUA